AUGAAUUCUCAAGCUCUUGCCUCUAUUGCUUUCUAUUGCAUUUCGCGUGUAAGCAACACGUCUCUUGCAUCCUUACAAACAAUGUCUAGAGAGAGCUUAUCCCGCAACGUUACCACUAGCGGGUAAUAGAGUCAUUGUAAUAUUCUCAUGUACAUAUAGGUGUGCUUUGAUUUCACAUUUGAGCUCUCGAGGGCCUCGGUCCCAGUAUUGUAAUGCUUCGAGACACAGGCUUGGCUUCCUGUCACUGAAACUGUCAUGUUGGUGAGAUUUGAACUAACAUGAUAGUAGUUGAAGAUGAGGCAAAUCAGCUUGUUGAGAGCCCCCUUACGGGUGGCACACAAGGCGUCUUUACGAACUACGGCAAUAUCCCUAGUACCGUCGUCUUCUCGACAGAGUCUACGACUGCACAAGAAGCUGACCAUGGCCCUGACCCUUCGAAAUUCGUCCCACCAGCAGGCAGCUCUGCACACAUCAACUGAAUGCCUCACAACGGCUGCCACCCAAGAAGUGCCUGAACCACCCGCUUCCCCCGAGGCCGUCUACUCUCCACCCAAGACGGGAAUUAUAUCUUACUUACCUGUAUCAUGGGUUCCUUACGCCGAGCUCACCCGCAUGGAUAAGCCCGCAGGAACCUAUUAUCUCUUCUUCCCUUGCCUCUGGUCGACUCUCAUGGCCGCGCCCAUGGUAGCUCCCAUAGCUUCUCCAGUUUCAGUCAUCGGGACUUCUCUGCUCUUCUUCUCGGGAGCCUUCAUCAUGCGCAGUGCCGGCUGCAGCAUUAAUGAUCUCUGGGACCGCAAACUCGAUCCUCAUGUUACCAGAACCAAAUUCCGUCCCAUCGCGCGGGGCGCCCUCACGCCUUUCCAAGGACUCGCCUUCACCGGUGCUCAGCUUCUGGCUGGCCUGGGAAUCCUUCUUCAGUUUCCUACCUCCUGUCUUUUCUACGGCAUUCCGAGUCUGCUCCUUGUCGCCUCAUACCCCCUGGCUAAGCGGGUCACGUACUACCCGCAGGCCGUCCUGGGACUGACAUUUUCCUGGGGCGCAAUAAUGGGCUUCCCCGCUCUCGGCAUUGACCUACUUUCUAACAGCGCGGCGCUGACAGCUGCGGCCUGCCUGUACUCCUCGAACGUUGCCUGGACAAUUCUGUACGACAUGAUAUACGCCCACAUGGACAUCAAGGACGAUGCCAAGGCCGGUAUCAAGAGUAUCGCUCUAAAGCACGACGCUGAGACAAAGCAAGUCUUGACGGGGCUGGCCGCGGUUCAGCUCAGUCUUCUCAGUGCUGCCGGAUUUGCCGCGGGCGCUGGCCCGGCGUUCUUCAUUGGCAGCGUCGGCGGAGCAGCAGUGACACUCGGCGUCAUGAUCAAGCGCGUCAACCUUAAGAGUGUCAAGGACUGCUGGUGGUGGUUCGUUAACGGUUGCUGGAUUACCGGCGGCGUUGUCAGCCUAGGCCUCGCAGCUGAUUAUACUGUAAGAUACAUUCAGCACGGAGGGGAGGACGUCAAGACUCGGGAGGACGUCAAGACUCGGGAACAAUAGGGGGCUCGUAGUAGGCAGUGAAGGGGGAA